AUGAGUUAUGAUAUAAGUUCUCUUACUUCAUAUUAUAAGAAUAAAAUUUAUAAGAAAACUUUAGAUCUAAUAAAUGAUGUUUACCAAAAGAAUUUUCUUGUGAUACUUCUUGGUAAUUUUAAUGCUGAUCUAUCAAAGGCUUCUAAUUCUUCAAAUCUUCAAACUCAAAGGCUUUUUUCAACUUACUUGAUGACUUCCACUUAA